AUGUUGAAACUUCUCAUACUCAUCGCAGUUUUUGGGAUAAUUGAAUCGAUCGGCCAGGAAAAAAACGUGACUAUCAAUCAUCGUGGCCGAUUUUUCAUGAGAAAUUUGAACGAAGCUCGAGCAAUUCUCGCUUCUGGAGCCCUCCGCCAGUUGAAAAUCCUUGAACUUGGAAUGAUUAAACUUCCGCCAGUGGGUCCUGCGGCGAACAUGUUUAGACUGAAAUGGAGUACCGAGUUGGAGGAUGUGGCAAAAAAGAGCAUCCGUCUUCUACCUGCUUCUAAUUUCUACGGCAAUCACAAAGAUGGUGGCUACUCUGGUUUUUAUUGGAAAUAUGAUUUGGUUCAAGCCGUGAAAAAAUUGGUGGAGAAGAAAGGCGUGCCAGGUUUGAGUUUUGGAAGUAUUGAAGAUACCCUGAAAAAAUUUUCUAGUGCGCUUGAAACUCUCGUUUUCAUUGUGUGGGCAAUUUUAACAUAUCCGACAAAGUUUCCAAUAGGCAAGAAACAAGACAUUGGGCCUUCUGAAGCAUUGUUUGCACAUCGAUAUGAGAUUGGAUGCGCUUUCGAUGACUUCGCAUUAUGCAUGAUGAGAGCAGGAGUAAACAACGGUUCACUUUACGAAGAGGGAGUUGCUUGCACCCAAUGUCCAACCAACUGUGAAUUCAGUGAAAAUAUUGAUGGAAGUAUCGAGGAAGGAGAUUUGUGUGUUCCACCGGCAACUGGAUCAGAUUUUGAAGCGCAAAUGAAAGAAUCUGAAGAAAUGCAAGAGUUCAUUGAUUCAUCUAGUUUGAAUUUCAGUCCAAUGUUAAUUUGUGUACUUCUGAUCAUUGUGUUCAUUCUCAGAAAAUAA